AUGGAUAAUGCAAAAGAAAAGGAAAAAUAAUUUCCUGAAAAAGGUUUAAAUACUAAUAAAAAUCUAAAAAAAUAUGACUGUUGGGAAGAAGAAAUAACACCCUAAUAAUGGAUUGAAAAAUUUAAAUCUUAACCUAAUGUAGCUCAUGCUAAAUGUCCUAUUUUUUAAGAUGGAAAAUAUAUAUGGACAGAUGCAUAAGUAAUUGAUUUUGAUAUUAAGACUAAUAAAUAUUAAGUUAAAAUUUUAAAAAAUAACUAAAUUAAAAAUAUUGUGAGACUAUCUUUGAUGUUUAGUUAAGAGGAUGAGUAUUAAUUUAAAGAAAGAUUUGAAUUAUCAAAAUAAAGACAAUUAAAUGCUGAAGAUGCUUUGAGGUUUGAUAAAUAUGUAAAUAGAUAAUAAGAUUCUAAAAUACAAUAUAUGUAAUAAUAAUGGAAAGAUAAUAUUUUAAACAAGAUAUUAUCUAAAAAGAAAAAAUAAGCAUUAUAACUGGAUAUAUAUAAAUCUUAAUUCAUAAAAGAUUUAAUGGAAGAUGUUGAAAAAUAAUACAAUUUCUUUAGUAAAAAAUGUAUUGUAUUAAAUGAAAUGGCUGAUUCUAAAAAUGAAUUAAAAUGGUAAAGAUAUCGAAUAAAAAAUCGUUUUGAAGAAAAAAUAAUACGAUAAUAUGGUACUUAUGUAUAAUUAUAAUACCCAUAUUACGAAAUAUAGGACUAACUAUAAAAGCUACAUUUAUCAAACAAAGAUUUAGUAGUUAAAACAUUAAAUGAAAUCACAAAAAGAUCUGAUAUGUAUGAAAAUCAUAAACUAUUCAAAACUAAUUGGGAAAAGCUCACACUUCCAGUAUCGUUGGGAAAUUUUGAAUAAUCACAAUAUGCAUAUCAUGUAAGUGCAAGAUAAACAUUAUAAAUGUAAUGGAGAGAGUAUAUUAUAUCAGAAAUACAUGAUUCUUUAAGGGAUAUUUAUAGAUUUUACAUUAUUGAAAAUCAGUUUUAUUUUAAUUCUGAAUUAUAAAGAUUGAUUAAAAGAAUAGAUUUAAUGAUAAAUUCCUAUGUAAGAUAAAAUGUUGUAAAAAAAAAUAUUGAUGAUUAUUGUAAUUUUUUAAAAAAAUUUAUACUACCAGAAGAUGGGUAGGAUAAAGAUAUUUGGAUAGUAAAUAAUUAUAAUCUUAUAAUUUUAAAUUUACAAGCAAAAUAAAAAUCUUCAAAAAAAAAUGAUAAAAAAAAUAAAAAAAAAGAAUAAGUUAAAUAAAAUAAUAAUAAUGCAAUAAAUACGAAUGCAUCUAUAGUAAAUAAUACCAGUAUAUUAAAUAAUAAUACUACUUUAUUUGAUAAAAGUAAUUUAUAUAAUAACGGAGGUAUAUCAGGCUUAAAUAUAGAUAUAGGUGAUGAUUAUGAGGAAGAUUCAAAAGAUUAUAUCUAUUAUUAACCUAGUUUAAAAAAAAUCACUUAGAGUCUUUUAAAACCAUUUUAAUGGCUUGUAGAUUAUGUUAAUGGUUUUUUUAUUUUGGAAAAAGAUUUAGUACCAUUAAUAGAUAAACUUUAAUAGUAAAUCUCUUUUCCUAUUAGUAUGGAUUUAGAUUGGAUUAAAAAAGGGGAAGAAAUUGUUAUGAAUGUAAUUUAAAAAGGAUACGAAGGCCCAGAUAUAGUACUAGAAAAGUUUAAAAAAUAUUAAUUUUUAUUAGAGAAAUCUAUCUCUAGUACAUUAAAAUAACUUUUUGGUGAUAAUUAAAAAGGAUCUAUGAUUUUAAAUCUUGAUUCAUAAGAAUUAGAUAAAAAAAUACAAGAAUAUGUAUAAGCAAAGGAAGAAAUUGAAAAAUUGUGUAUUGAUUAAUAAAAUUUCUGUUUUUUCUAAAUAAGAACUAAAUAAGCUAAAGAAGAUUUAUGUAAUAAAGCGGAUGAAUUUAUAUAAGCUAUAUUAUAAAAAGUAGAUUAAAUUUGUUAAGAAGAAACGGAAAGAAUUCAGAGUGUAUAUGAUUAAAUGAGAAUUGAUUUAACAAAGAAUCCCUUAAAUGAGCAAGAAUUAGUUGUCUUAAAAAGAUUUAUAAAAGAAAACGAAGUAAAUUUAGCCAAAUAAAAAAAUGAAAUUAAUAUUCUUGGAAGUUUUUUUUAAAUAUUAGAAAAAUAUUGCUAUUUAUCCAAAGACGAAAAAGGUGAAAUUGCUGUUUCUUAAUUUUUUUAUUUUAGUGCUUAACCAGCUUUAGUUAAGGAAGCUGCAGGUGAUGGCAAUAGAACAUAUGAAAUUUCCGAAGCUAAAUUCAGAAAUGCAUUAGAAUAAGAAAAAAACAACUUCUAAAAUACUAUUAUGUAAAUCUAAAAAGGAUUUGCAGAAAUUAAAUAAAAUAAUACAUAUUCACACAAUGAAGUGAAAGAUAAAUAUACAUAAAUUGCCCUUUUUGAUGAUAGUAUGUAAUAAGCUGUUGAAAAGGUUAAAUCAUUUAAUAGUAGGGAAAAUUUAUUUGGUGAUGAAAUUUCCAUAUGGGAUGAUUUAGAAAAUUCAGUCAAAGAAUUCGAACCUUACAAAAAAUUAUGGGAAAUUUUAUUUUAAUUUAUUACUAAUAUGGAAGAAUGGACAAUGGGACCUCUUUUAUAAUAAAAUUUUAAUGAAAUUGAUAAAGCUGUUAAUUAGAGAUAUUUUAUUGAAACAAAAAAUUUAUUCAAGAAAUUUUCUGAUACAAACGACCCAGCAGGAGAUGAAAAAGCAGCCUAAUUAUCUGAAAAACUAUUAGGUGAUAUAAAUAAAUUUAGAUAAAAAAUGUGGAUGUUCGAAUGCUUGACUACUGAGGCUUUAAAGAAUUUAAAAAAAACCAGUGUAUAGUAGCAUUGGGCUGAAAUAUAUGAAAGAUGCUAAGUUUCUAAAGACAAAUAAAUGAGUGAAGAAAUAACUUACUUAAACCUGACCGAACUUUUAUGUCAAACUCCAGAUUUUAAAGAAGUAAUUGAAGAAGUAUCUAAAAAAGCUGAAAAAUAAUACAGUAUAGAAAAAAAGCUUAAAGAAAUGGAAGAUACAGUAAAAAGUAUAAAACUAGACAUAAUACCAUAUACUAAAAGUAAAGUACAUACUUACGCAUUGAAAGGAGUAGACGAAAUUCAAUAAAUUUUAGACGAACAAUUGAAUAAUUUAGGAAUGUAAAAAUCUUCUCCUUAUAUGAAAAAUCUAAAAAAACAAGCAGAUUUGUUGGAGUAGAAAUUAGUUUUCAUUUAAGACACUUUGGAAGGUUGGAUCAAAUGUUAAAGAUCAUGGAUGUAUUUAGAACCUAUAUUUGCAUCUGAAGAUAUUAAGAAGAAAAUGGAAUUAUAAAAGAAAAAAUUCGACCAUAUUGAUGAUUUUUGGAGAGUUACAAUGGAUUUUUUCUCUAAAGAACCAGGUUUAUGGGAAGGUAUUGAAAGCGAUAAAUUAAAAAACGAUUUCGCGACACAUAAUAAGACUUUGGAUGAAAUAUAGAAAAAAUUGAGUGAUUAUCUUGAGUCUAAAAGGAGAGAUUUUCCCAGAUUUUUCUUCUUGUCAGAUGAAGAAUUAUUAGAAAUUUUAGCAGACACUAAAGAUCCUUAGAAAGUUUAAAAACAUAUAAAUAAAUGCUUCGAAGCUAUCUAUAAAUUGGACUUUUCAACAGCAGAAGAUGUAUGUGGAAUGAUCUCUGCGGAAGCUGAAGUUGUUAAAUUUAAUUAGCCUAUAAAUGUUAAUGAAGGUGAUAAAAAAGGAAAUGUAGAAAAAUGGCUUGGUGAUAUAGAAUUGAUGAUGAGAAAUACUCUCAAAAAUAUCACAAAAGCAUCCCUCGUAGAUGAAAAUUCACAUAGAUCAGAUUGGGUUUAAAAAUGGCCUGGGUAAGUCGUUUUAGCUGUUGAUAUGUGUAGAUGGACUAGAGGAGCCGAAAAUUCAAUUUUGAAUGGAAAAAAAGAUCAUGAAACUGAUAUUGAAGAUGGAAUUUAUACUUUUUAAAAUAUAAGUGCUUAUGUACAUUAUUUAGAAUAGUAAUUACUCGAUAUAGUAGAAUUAGUAAGGAAGGAUUUAACGCCUCUUGCUAGAUUAACUUUAGGGGCUUUAGUUGUAUUAGAUGUUCAUGCUAAAGAUGUUAUGGUCGAUUUAGAAAAGACGGGAUGUUAAUCAGUUUAGGAUUUCAAUUGGAUUUCUUAAUUAAGAUAUUAUUGGGAAGAAAAACAUAAUCACAAACCUGAUUUAAAAGUAAGAAUGAUAUCCGCCGAUUUAAGUUAUGAUUUUGAAUAUUUAGGAAAUUCAACAAGAUUGGUUAUAACACCAUUAACAGAUAGAUGUUAUAGAACUUUAAUGGGUGCAUUUUAACUAUAAUACGGAGGAGCCCCUGAAGGACCCGCAGGUACUGGAAAAACAGAAACAGUGAAAGAUUUAGCAAAAGCACUAGCUGUUUAAUGUGUUGUAUUUAACUGUUCAGAUGGUCUAAAUUUCAUUGCUAUGAGAAAAUUCUUUAAAGGUCUAGCAUCAUCUGGAGCAUGGUGUUGUUUUGAUGAAUUUAAUAGAAUCGAUUUGGAAGUCUUGUCUGUGGUUGCAUCUUAAGUAUUGAGUAUAUAAAUGGCUAUAAAACUAAAUAAAGCUCGUCCUCGUGAAACCUUUGAAUUUGAUGGUGAAGAAAUAAAAUUAGUCGACACUUGUGCAAUUAAUAUUACUAUGAACCCUGGUUAUGCCGGAAGAUCAGAAUUACCUGAUAAUUUAAAGUCUUUAUUCAGACCAUGUGCUAUGAUGGUUCCUGAUUAUGCAUUAAUUGCUGAAAUAUAUUUAUAUUCAGUAGGCUUUUCAGCCGCUCGUAAUUUAGCCCGAAAAAUAGUAGCUUCUCUAAGACUUAGUUCCGAAUAAUUAUCCUCAUAAGACCAUUACGAUUUUGGUAUGAGAGCCCUAAAAGCAAUACUUACAGCCGCCGGAAACCUCAAAAGAGUAAUGACUGACAGUGAAGACAUUAUAUGUUUAAGAGCCCUAAUGGACUACCAUUACAACCUAAAUAAAACUUCAUUAAUAAAUGUAUCCAAUUAUACGACACAAUAAACGUCAGACAUGGUCUUAUGA